GGGAGAACCGGCUCCUCCUCCUCCUCCCCCGGGCCGGCCUCGCCUUCCUCCCGGCCUGCGGAGGCGCCUCCUCUCCCCGCCUGCCUGCCUGCCUGCCUCCAUUCGCAGCCCAGUUCCCAGAAGCGCCUGCCUGGGGCGCCCUCGCGCGGAUCUCUCCCUCCCUCUGCUAGAGGGGCUUCAGGUUGACCCGGGGAGAAAUCCGAAUAUCGUCGGCUGCUGCAGCACUUUGCCUCGCAAGCGGGGAGAGGGGCUGCCUUUUAGAAGGGCUUUCGGCUGGUUUUGCAAGAGAGUGAGAACGAUCGACAAAAGUGUGCCUGCCUCCUAAGCGGUGCUGUGAUCUGAACUCAAUGCUCACACGACCUGAGUUCGAUCCCAGCAGAAGCUGGAUUCAGGCAGCUCAGGCCUCUGGGAAGGCAGGAAAGAGGAUGGUCCACAUCGGAGACCUGCCCGAAGACCUCCUUCUGCACUUGCUCUCUCUGGUGCCCGGCAGGGACCUGAUCCGCAACUGCCGGCUGGUUUGCUCCCAGUGGCGAGACCUGGUGGAUGUGCCCACCCUGUGGAAACGCAAGUGCCAGCGGGAGGGCCACCUUCCCAGGGGGCAGGAAAGGAGCGUCCCCGACUGGAAGAUUUUCUACUUCCUUUGCAUUCUGAAGAGGAACCUAAUCAAAAAUCCUGCGGCUGAAGAUAGUUUUAAGCACUGGAAAAUCGACUCCAAUGAAGGAGAUGAGUGGAAGGUGGAAGAUCUGCCUGGAGCUCAUGGGAGAAACUUUCCCCAGCCAGCCAUUCAGAAAUACUUUGUCACGUCUUAUGGGCCCUGCAUGAAGUCCCAAGUCAUCGACUUAAAGAAGGAGGGCUACUGGGCCGAGCUGAUGGACAAGACCAAGCCAGAUAUCGUCGUGAAGGAUUGGUAUGCCGCCAGGUUUGAUUGUGGCUGCCAGUACAAACUGAACGUCAGGCUGCUCUCUGCAAACUACAUCGUCCUGGCAGAAUUUGACCCAGAAAAGGUGAUGAUCGAACAGUGGAGCGAUGCAGAAUGGCGUGAGAUGACUCACACUUUUCACAACUACCCUUCCGGCGUCCGCUACAUCUAUUUUCAACACGGGGGCCAAGACACUCAGUUCUGGGCGGGCUGGUACGGUGUCCGUGUAACCAACAGCAGUAUCACCAUUGGCCCAGAGGUGGCCUCCUGAGGAGGGGAAACUGGAUCGAGCCCCCCUGGGCAGCGCUUUUCGACCUCUUGUGGAAUUGGUGGGCAAAGUCUUCUCCCCGCCCCUUUCCGUUUGCACUCCAGUUGCCUUUGCAAUUUUAGACAUCCUCUGCUUUCUUUGGAGGUGUCCGUUGGCACCCCGCAGCCUCACUCAGAGCGUCUGCCGGCUCUUAAACCCAACCGAUGCUUAACUUUGGAGCUUGUGGAGCAGAUCGAAGGAGGGAUGGAGGAUGGGCAUUGAGCUGGUUUCUGGGAGCAAAAGGGGAGAAGUGCCAGAGAGAGCUUUUACCCCAGUUGGCUCUCCUUUCAAAGAUGGCCAACAACGCCACUGGGAGAAGCCGUUUCCUGUCAUGGCUAUGAAUGAAUCAGUCUGCUAUUCAAGGCAUGAGAACUUUGCCAUUGCAGGGUUAGGGAGAGACGGAGGGAGAACAGAAUACUACGAUUUCAGGAGAGCUCUUUAUGAUUACUGUUAAUUCUUCCCUAUGUCAGUGCAUCCUCUUCAUUCACCACUGAAGUGUCUCUCAGCACUUGGUGACCAGUAUCUUUCUUGUUUUUAUAUUUUGAACAAGGAGCAAAGUCCAGCAUAUUGAAAAAGACUGCCUCUGGGAUGGGGAGGAAUGCCCUUCUUACAGCGUUUUGCACCCAUGUCUAAAUAAAUCUUGCUGAAACAAACGAAGCAACUGUGUAUAAUAAAUAAACAUUGUAAAUAAAAACCUUCAUUAGUUUCUUCGUUUAUAAUAUAUCAAAAUGCUUUGUGUUCAUCGAAUAUACUCAUAGAAAAAUCCAAUAACAUAUCAGAUUGCAGAAUACCGCAGUGCUGAAUAAAUAAUGUCAGAAGCUUCUUGGUGUAGAUCAGAGGGUUAUUUUUCAGUAAAGUAACACAGUCACUGUUCCGUACUGCCCCACAAAAUGAAGUUCAGCUCCAACUGGUUCCAGAAGGAAGAUCCGUCUUCCCCAACACGUUUGCUAGCUAAUUACAGCCAAGUUUCAUGUCUUCUGCUUUCUCAAAAGCCGAUACUAAUCAGCAUCCCGACAAAUAAAUAUGAAUACCAUAAACAUGAAUACCGUAGACAUAUAAAACACCCCAACACAUAUUAAAAGCAAAGGCGGCAUACCUGUGUUAUCUUGAGACUUCUAUGCAAGUUCCUCAAAAUUGGCACAUGCUCCAAAAAGUCAACCAAUGCUAAAAACCUUAUGGGAAAUGUGCCAGGUGUCAUACUACAGCGGCUAAAAGGUACAAUCCCAAAAAUCAUAUGCAAAGAGGGUCACCAUGUACAACGUUAUCCUAAUUCUUACCAAACUGCUAUGUAGUCUUCAAAGAAAACAGUACUUUGAGUACUGAAAGUCCUCCCUUUGAUCUGCACCAAGAAAACUUGUUUGUCCAGCACGGUGGUAUUGUGCAGUCAGAGAUCUUACUGUUUUUUUGUACGAAUAUAUUGAUGAACACAAGACAUUCCAAUAUCCUAUAAAAUAAGAAACUACAAAGGUUUUCAUUUCCGUUUAUCAUGCACAGUUGCUUCACUUUUGUUUCAGUUCUUCUGCUGUGUGUUCAUUUUGGUUUUGUAAACAAAUAUCGCCGCAUUUUGUGUCCAUGUCUAAAUAAAUUCAUGAUUAAACAAUC